CUGCUUCUUUCCGGUAUAUUUCCACUUCUCCACCUCCGUUUGUCUUGCAUGUCUUUGGAAAUCUCUCUUUAUUUGUACAUUUCGGUUCUACUUCACGUGGCCGUUACUACCAUGUUUCCCAACCCUCUGGGGUUUUCAGUUUUUCUUCUGUCUACCCAUUCACUUUAUCACUACCCCACAUUCUUUGUUACAUUUUCACCCUCACCUAAUGAUUCAAUCUUUGUCAGUGGAUAGAGUGUGUGUGUGUUUAUAUGAUCUUGGAUGUGUGUGAACAUACACAUCUAUUAUUUAUGUUGAAGAUGUGUAUUGAAACCAUCUCUUGAAAACACCAACCAAAAACCCUCACCAACUCCUAACCCUUCCCCUGUUUCUUGUGACUUCAGUCCCCUCUAUUCUCAUGUAAUAUUCUGCAUUGGCAACCUAAGCUACAACUUAUAGCCUACACUUUUGAAUAGGUGACUGGAUAACUGAAUAAACUGUUUUGCAGUUUAAAUUGACUGGGACAGAACGAUGGGCGGUUACUGCUAAACGGGGAAAGGAUUAACGUGUUUAAAAUUUUUUAAAAAAGAAUUGUACCACGUAUGGUUGUCAUAGUAUGGAUGAAUCUGCAUAUGACCAAUGUGUUUGUUUGAUUGUGAUUGUGAAAUACCUAGCUCAUUGUUUUCCAGGACCCUUUUCAGUACCUUGGGAUUCUGAACAUUUUAUUUGAGACACUGGUUAUAUUCACUGGGUAGUGGGCACCAAACAGGAGUAAAAUGUUUUUAAACAGAAAAACAGAAUUCAAAUUACUCUUCCGUUUUAUGAAAAUAUUUUACUCCUGGUUGGGGCCUACAAACUAUGUAGUGAAAGUUUAAACUUGAUCAUUAUAUUGGAGGGGUUUAGACAUUUUCUUUGCAACACUGUCAAGGAAGAACUGGUUUUCGAGAGAAAUAUUGGAAGCUCCUUUAUCCAAAGUGUGCAUACAUGUGUGUGUCCCCAGAAAGAAUCAAACCCACAAUCCAAGCACCAUGCUCUACCAACUAAGCCACACAGGCAACUACAACAUAAAACAGACUGCUGUGUAUCAACUGUAUAUUUGAGGGCCUAUGUAGUGUAUACUGCAGGGCUCUCCAAGCCUGCUGUAGGUUUUCACUCCAACCCUAAUAUAGCACACCUGGAAUUAAGGCUUUUAUUUACAGUCUUGCCUUUGUUGCAGUCAGGAGGAACUCCAUGUCCAAUCACUAAAUACCUGGAGAAAAUGAUAAUUAGAUUGACACAUGAAAAGAGUAGAUUAUCUGCUCUGAGCACAGUGGCCAAGUACAAGGUGUACUUGGUUAGGGACAGGGACAGGUGUACUUGGCCACUGCCUGUGGGGUCCAGUAUUCUGACUGUAGGGAUGUUGGUUAGGGUCAGGGACAGGUAUACUUGGCCACUGCCUGUGAGGUCUAGUAUUCUGACUGUAGGGAUGUUGGUUAGGGACAGGGUCAGGUGUACUUGGCCACUGCCUGUGAGGUCCAGUAUUCUGACUGUAGGGAUGUUGGACAGGGACAGGUGUACUUGGCCACUGCCUGUGAGGUCCAGUAUUCUGACUGUAGGGAUGUUGGUUAGGGACAGGUGUACUUGGCCACUGCCUGUGAGGUCCAGUAUUCUGACUGUAGGGAUGUUGGUUAGGGACAGGUGUACUUGGCCACUGCCUGUGGGGUUCAGUAUUCUGACUGUAGGGAUGAUGGUUAGGGACAGGGACAGGUGUACUUGGCCACUGCCUGUGAGGUCCAGUAUUCUGACUGUAGGGAUGUUGGUUAGGGACAGGGACAGGUGUGCUUGGCCACUGCCUGUGAGGUCCAGUAUUCUGACUGUAGGGAUGUCGUUUAGGGACAGGUGUCCUUGGCCACUGCCUGUGGGGUCCAGUAUUCUGACUGUAGGGAUGUUGGUUAGGGACAGGGACAGGUGUACUUGGCCACUGCCUGUGGGGUUCAGUAUUCUGACUGUAGGGAUGUUGGUUAGGGUCAGGUGUACUUGGCCACUGCCUGUGGGGUUCAGUAUUCUGACUGUAGGGAUGUUGGUUAGGGACAGGGACAGGUGUACUUGGCCACUGCCUGUGAGGUCCAGUAUUCUGACUGUAGGGAUGUCGGUUAGGGACAGGUGUCCUUGGCCACUGCCUGUGAGGUCCAGUAUUCUGACUGUAGGGAUGUUGGUUAGGGACAGGUGUACUUGGCCACUGCCUGUGGGGUCCAGUAUUCUGACUGUAGGGAUGUUGGUUAGGGACAGGGUCAGGUGUACUUGGCCACUGCCUGUGGGGUCCAGUAUUCUGACUGUAGUGAUGUUGGUUAGGGACAGGGACAGGUGUACUUGGCCACUGCCUGUGGGGUCCAGUAUUCUGACUGUAGUGAUGUUGGUUAGGGACAGGGACAGGUGUACUUGGCCACUGCCUGUGAGGUCCAGUAUUCUGACUGUAGGGAUGUUGGGUAGGGACAGGGACAGGGACGGGUGUACUUGGCCACUGCCUGUGGGGUCCAGUAUUCUGACUGUAGGGAUGUUGGUUAGGGACAGGGACAGGUGUACUUGGCCACUGCCUGUGAGGUCCAGUAUUCUGACUGUAGGGAUGUUGGUUAGGGACAGGGACAGUGUCCUUGGCCACUGCCUGUGAGGUCCAGUAUUCUGACUGUAGGGAUGUUGGUUAGGGACAGGUGUACUUGGCCACUGCCUGUGGGGUUCAGUAUUCUGACUGUAGGGAUGUUGGUUAGGGACAGGUGUACUUGGCCACUGCCUGUGAGGUCCAGUAUUCUGACUGUAGGGAUGUUGGGUAGGGACAGGGACAGGGACGGGUGUACUUGGCCACUGCCUGUGGGGUCCAGUAUUCUGACUGUAGGGAUGUUGGUUAGGGACAGGGACAGGUGUACUUGGCCACUGCCUGUGAGGUCCAGUAUUCUGACUGUAGGGAUGUUGGUUAGGGACAGGUGUACUUGGCCACUGCCUGUGGGGUUCAGUAUUCUGACUGUAGGGAUGUUGGUUAGGGACAGGUGUACUUGGCCACUGCCUGUGAGGUCCAGUAUUCUGACUGUAGGGAUGUUGGUUAGGGUCAGGGACAGGUGUAUUUGGCCACUGCCUGUGGGGUCCAGUAUUCUGACUGUAGGGAUGUUGGUUAGGGACAGGGUCAGGUGUACUUGGCCACUGCCUGUGGGGUCCAGUAUUCUGACUGUAGGGAUGUUGGUUAGGGACAGGUGUCCUUGGCCACUGCCUGUGGGGUUCAGUAUUCUGACUGUAGGGAUGUUGGUUAGGGACAGGUGUACUUGGCCACUGCCUGUGAGGUCUAGUAUUCUGACUGUAGUGAUGUUGGUUAGGGACAGGGACAGGUGUACUUGGCCACUGCCUGUGAGGUCCAGUAUUCUGACUGUAGGGAUGUUGGUUAGGGACAGGGACAGGUGCACUUGGCCACUGCCUGUGGGGUCCAGUAUUCUGACUGUAGGGAUGUUGGUUAGGGACAGGUGUACUUGGCCACUGCCUGUGAGGUCCAGUAUUCUGACUGUAGGGAUGUUGGUUAGGGACAGGUGUACUUGGCCACUGCCUGUGAGGUCCAGUAUUCUGACUGUAGGGAUGUUGGUUAGGGACAGGUGUACUUGGCCACUGCCUGUGAGGUUCAGUAUUCUGACUGUAGGGAUGUUGGUUAGGGACAGGUGUACUUGGCCACUGCCUGUGGGGUUCAGUAUUCUGACUGUAGGGAUGUUGGUUAGGGACAGGUGUACUUGGCCACUGCCUGUGGGGUCCAGUAUUCUGACUGUAGGGAUGUUGGUUAGGGACCGGGACAGGUGUUCUUAGCCACUGCCUGUGGGGUCCAGUAUUCUGACUGUAGGGAUGUUGGUUAGGGACAGGUGUACUUGGCCACUGCCUGUGAGGUCCAGUAUUCUGACUGAAGGGAUGUUGGUUAGGGACAGGGACAGGUGUACUUGGCCACUGCCUGUGAGGUCCAGUAUUCUGACUGUAGGGAUGUUGGUUAGGGACAGGUGUACUUGGCCACUGCCUGUGAGGUCCAGUAUUCUGACUGUAGGGAUGUUGGUUAGGGACAGGGACAGGUGUACUUGGCCACUGCCUGUGAGGUCCAGUAUUCUGACUGUAGGGAUGUUGGUUAGGGACAGGGGAAGGUGUACUUGGCCACUGCCUGUGAGGUUCAGUAUUCUGACUGUAGGGAUGUUGGUUAGGGACAGGUGUACUUGGCCGCUGCCUGUGGGGUUCAGUAUUCUGACUGUAGGGAUGUUGGUUAGGGACAGGGACAGGUGUACUUGGGUAACUGCCACCGUUGGAGCCAUCGCUGCUGGAGGACAGAGCCACUUCUGGAGAAUAGCAGGUUCUGGAGAAGACCACCUGUUAAUUUGGACUCUGUAUUAUGAACUGCGCUGCCUAUGUGAUCUCAUGAAGCAAAAGUUGAAAUACUGUACAUAGCUUGUCUGUUUAUGCCUACUAGGAUACUCAGUCCAGUUAAAUGAGAGAUGGUCAUUUGUUGUAUGGCUACUUCGGGAAUAUGAACCCAUAUGGCCAGAAAAGGUGAGGAAUAUAUUCUGCAAUGGUUAUGAAAAUAAAAGAAAAAUACAUUCCAAUGUCCGAUUUUCGCUCUUCUCACUAAUGGAAAAUGGCUGCCUCUUGUUAUAUUUUCCUGUUUUUUAGUCGUUUUUUUGGAUAAGAGUGUCAUCCUAUCCUGUAUUUGCACAAAAUACUUGUCUGCUUGCUAUUCAAUACUUUAACCACUAGAAAAUCUGUGUAUGCAUGGCCUAAAGUUUGCGGGGAGAACUGGCUCACGCAUAUUUCGGGGUAUAUUUUGUGCAUAGGUAACGUUUAUAUAUGAGGCCCCUAAAAUGUCAUUUCAGUACAUGAACACAACACCUAAUUGCUUUUAUGUGAUUUAUUUUUAUUUUUAUGUCAUUUCAUUUUAAGCAACUUGAAGGAUGUCAAUUCACAACUGUGUGUGUAUAUAUUGACUUUU